AUGAGUGGACUACUCGGAGCGGAGCAAUUGCAAAAGUUAUGGAUGCAUGUGGCACUAAAUUCCAUGCAGGGCUAUCCUCAAGGAAAUUCUUUAUAUCCGUCGUUACGACCCUUUGCAUUUGGUACCAUGCUACAACCUGAAACGUCGACUUUCACUGGUGAACAGAUUGUAAAAAUUUGUGAGCAACUUGAAGACGCUGGCAACAUUGAGCGGCUAGCUGCUUUUUUAUGGUCCAUCUCCCACCAACAGCACACUGAUGAAGUGACAACCGUUCUGAGGAACCAUGAAUCUGUGCUUCGUGCCAGAGCUUUGGUAUGUUUCCACAUGGGGAACUUCCAAGAGAUGUACAGAAUACUCGAAUCACAUAAAUUCACCAAUGGCUCACAUAGCAAACUGCAAGCGAUGUGGCAGGAAGCUCAUUACCAGGAGGCGGAGAAGUUAAGAGGAAGGCCGUUGGGACCGGUGGAUAAAUAUCGAGUGAGAAAAAAAUACCCAAUGCCGCGGACAAUUUGGGAUGGCGAGCAGAAGACUCAUUGCUUUAAGGAACGAACAAGGUCACUACUACGGGAAUGGUAUCUGCAAGACCCGUAUCCGAAUCCGAGUAAAAAAAAAGAAUUGGCAUCAAAAACGGGUUUAACUGCCAUGCAAGUCGGAAAUUGGUUCAAAAAUCGACGACAGCGUGACCGAGCUGCUGCUGCCAAAAACAAGUUCGUUCUUUGA